AUGAAGGUGGCGUAUAAAAGUUUGCAUAGAGGUAUGGGGAUGUCAUGGCUGGCCCAAGUGCGAUGCGGGCACUUGGUGGUGUUCUUCAUAGCGAUCACGGUCUUCGUUUACCUCUCGUUGUAUCUGAACAACAACCAGCUCCAGACGACCGCGUCGCCGCUCAGAACGUACGAGGUGCGGCUGGUCCAGACGAGCAGCAGCAAUUCCAGCCAGCCGGACACGGAGGGGCAAUUCCCGCCGGUCGUACCGUCGCAUUCCACUGUUAAUGCCACUGCUAACAACACAAACCAAGGUCCGGAUCUCACCAAAGGGGUGGCUGCGGAGAAGAUCUACGAGGCCGGUCACAUGCAUCACACGUCAGAGAUUUGCUCGAACAUGGGAAAAGAUGUGAAACUGCUGAUAGCCAUAACGUCAGCGCCGAGUCAUGAAAGUGCCAGAUUAGCUGUUAGAGAAACGUGGGGUCAUUUUGCUAUAAGAAAAGACAUAGUCAUAGCUUUUAUGUUAGGAACCAUUUCGAAUCAGACUGUAAACGAUAGGAUAGAAAAAGAACAGGAAAUAUACGGUGAUAUUAUUAGAGGAAAAUUUAUAGAUACAUACGACAAUCUUACUCUUAAGACCAUAUCGAUGCUCGAAUGGGUGAACAAGCGUUGUUCCAAAGCACAAUUCGUACUUAAGACAGAUGAUGAUAUGUUUAUAAACGUGUCGCGAUUGCUGGCUUUUAUAGCUAAACAUAAGCCUGAAGAACGAGUAAUUUACGGCCGGUUGGCCAGGAAAUGGAAACCGAUUAGGAGGAAGCAAUCCAAGUACUAUAUUUCACCGCAACAAUACAAACCAACGGUUUUUCCAGAUUUCACUACGGGUCCUGCGUAUUUGUUUCCAGCUCAUAUAUCCAAGGAGCUUUACGAGAAGUCGUUGAACUACACGUAUUUUAAGCUCGAAGACGUUUUUGUUACUGGAAUCGUUGCGAACGGAUUGAACAUCAAACGGGUGCACGUGCCGGAGUUCAUUAACAAGCGCAUUUCCUUCACUCCUUGUAACAUUCAAAAAGAAAUUAGCAUACAUAUGGUGAAAAGUUCCGAACAAUAUGACCUGUGGAAGAAGUUGCACGACGCAGCAAAGUGUAAAAAGUAA